AUGGCUUACUACUUUUCCGAAGUUCCAGAAUCCCACUACCUUGAGGUUGAGAAAGGAGUCACUAAGGACAUUGAGUUUGUUGGUUCAGUUACGAAAGCGAUUGUCAGCGGCAAGUUGAUGCCGAGCACUCUUCCCUUCAACCUCGAUCGCGAGGAAGCCAUGUCGAUCGCCCCUCAUCCAAUGGCACCUCAUGGAGACGAAGGUGAAGGACGGGGGUGGGUGUGCAUGUUACAAGGGAGGUGUAUACCCCUGUCCAUCGAAGCACUUAUGCUUCCAAAAGCGAGGGAGGGUGGCCAGACAAUGUGUCCCUGCGUGUUGGAAGAGACGGGAAACAUAUUGCGGUUCACACUCUCGGUUGCCAUCCACUGGGAAGUCUGUGUCGGACAACCCUUGAUAAGGCUUGCUCUUGUUCGUGCUACUUGGUCGGUGCUGGUGGGUAGAGAUCGGUUAGCUAUCUCUUCGCGAUGCGGCCCCAUGAUUGCUCCGUCCCCGGAGGCUGAUGCUUUGUGCAAGGCUCUUUCUGGCGGGGUUGACGAUGGACCAAGCCCCAAAGGAGCGGUGUUGGCUCAUGGUGUCUUCAAGAUUAGCAUGCUGUCAAUGCUGGUCUCCCUGGUGCGCAUGCAGACCGGAAGGCCGGGAACUUUGCACAAGGGAUGGGUUACCCUCGUCGUCGAGGGAGGCCAUGAGGCACUCGCUGAGUCCCAAGCCAUGAAUUUUGUGCCUGUCGUGACUUUGCUGACGUGGGGUAUCGAGAAGAUUGAUCAAAGAGGCGGGUGGCCGGCUGCGGGUGCGGAUUGUAUUAUUGGCAUCGGAAUGCGCGAGAACUCGCUUGUCAUCGAUUUGUUGCUGCCAUCGGGCGACCGGGCUCAGCCUUCGGAAGCGGUUGAGGGGCUCGAGAUUCCGCUGGUUGCUUAA